AUGGCUCCCAAGGCUAGUGCAGCCAUGGCUUUUCUUCUCUCUCUCAACCUUCUCUUUUUCACAAUGGUCACUUCAACUAGUGUCGCUUGUCCACCACCAUUGAAGACUCCACAACACUCACAACCCAACCUUCCUACUAAUAACCCAUCCACUUGCCCCAAGGACACCCUUAAGCUAGGGGUGUGUGCUAACUUGUUGAAUGACUUGGUGCACCUUGUUGUGGGAACCCCACCAAAGUCCCCUUGCUGCAGCCUCAUCCAUGGUCUUGUUGAUCCUGAGGCAGCUAUUUGUCUUUGCACUGCUAUCAAAGCCAAUGUUCUAGGCAUCAAUCUUAAUGUUCCCCUCUCAUUAAGCUUGCUAUUGAAUUAUUGUGGAAAGAAUGUACCAAAAGGCUUCCAAUGUGCCUAA